AUGACAUAAUUUACAACUUUACGACAAGAAAUUAGAAAUUGGACAUUGUAAUCUGAUGAUAAAAGAGUAGCACCUUUGGAUAUUUAUUCACAAUAAUAAUGUGAAUAAUAAUCUAUAUAAAAAGAUAUUCCUUUAUUAGGUUAAAUUUCUACAUAAAAUGAUUCUAAAAAAAUUGAAUAUUUUAAAAAAGCGCUUUAAUUUGGAAUGGAAGCUUUUUCUAUUGCUUAAGAUGAUUUAAUAGAAGACGCUUUCGAUGAAAAAUCUGUUUCUUAAUCUUCUUAAAUGUUACCAUAAAAUUAAUCUUCUAAUAAAUCAAUUCGAGUUCCUCAUUUUAUAGGUUCUAAGUCUUUUUAUAAAGAUCCUUUUUUAGGACUUGUUGGAAAUUUCGAAGAUGAAGAUGAUAUUAUUUCUAUAUAAAAAAGUAGAAAACCAUCAACUAUUUUAUCAUAAUAAAUCCAAAUUAACUAAAAUAACGAAAAUCCUUAUAAUGAAAUUCCAUUUUAAAAUAAUUGUAUUCCACCACCUCCUCAUAGUUUUUAGAAUUCUAUAAUACCACCACCUCCUGAUCCAAUUGUUGCCAUUCCAUCAUCUUUAUCAAAGAAUAUGGAUGUUUCAAAUUUAGAUUCUAAACUUCCUACUUCCAUUCCUCCUCCACCUCUUAUUAAACUAAACUAAGAAGUAUCUUUAACAUCAGAAAGCUAACAUUAAUAAGCUUUAAAAAAUAAAGAAAUCCCCGAAAAAGAACAUGCAGAAGAGUAAGAAAAGCCUAUUUAAUUUUAAAAACCGAAAGCACCAUUGUCUGUUUAAGAUGAAUUAAAAAGAAUUCAUUAGUAAAAAAUGGGUUUAGUUUAAUAAUUAAAUGAGGAAGAGCCUAAAAAUGAUAAUACUAAUUAAAAAACAACUGAUGCUUUAAACGAAAAAAUGAAUGAAGAGAGAAACACAAAUAAAUUGGGUUCUAUUAUUCCCAUUUAUGCUAGAAAAUCUUAAAAUAUAUUCAUUGAUUCAGAUGAGGAAGACGAUGAUGGAUCGAAAAAGUUGUUUUCAAGAUAACAAAGUAAUAAAUUUGAUAUCAACAUGCUAAUAUCGAAAAAAACAGUCUUUUAAAAUAAUGCUAAUGAAGAUUAGGAUAGCCCAUAAGAAAAAAAAGUCAAGUUUGUAGAUUAAAUCAAAAAUGAAACUGCUGCUUAGGAACCUGUAAAUGAUGGUUAAAGUAAAGGUAAAGAUUCAUUGUCUUAGCCUGUACCUUCUUAAGGAAAUCCUGUAUAAGUAGUACCUAUUAUAUAAAAAUAAUAGUCUUCGAAGAAAAGAUUGACAAAAUUAUUUGAUGAUGAUGAUGAAGAAGAUCCAUUUGAGACAGCAAGGAAAAUCGGAAGUCAAUAUAAAAGGUAGAUUAUUGCACCUGUAAUCUAAUAAAAUGAAAGGAAAAAAGGAAAAAAAGGGCUUUUUGAUGAUUCGGAUGAAGAUGAUGAAAUUGUACCGAAAUCGGAUAAGUAGAACGCUUUGUAACCGAAAGGAAUUUUAAGAGCUUAAAACACAACAGGAAAUAUUGGAGGAGUGGAUAAAAAAAAAAUAGUAGGAUCACUUUUUAAUGAUGACGAUGAUGAGGAAGAAGAUUAAUUUAAAAAAAAAUAAAGUAAUGUCCCUAUUGUUAAAAUUGAUAGUAGUGUUGUUGGUAAAAGUUAGAGAAAUAAUUCGGUUAAAUAAAUAUUUGAAGAUUCGGAUGAGGAUGUUGAUUCGAAAAUUAAAAAUUCUUAAGAUGAAAAAGAAUAAAAAAGACAAGAAGAAUUAAAAAAAGAAAAAGAAGAAAAUGAAAGAAAAUUAAAAUAAUAGAAGAACAAGAAAAAAAAUUAAAAUAAUAAUAAUAAGAAGAAGAACAAGAAAGAAAAUUAAAAUAAUAAUAAUAAGAAGAAGAACAAGAAAGAAAAUUAAAAUAAUAAUAAUAAGAAGAAGAACAAGAAAGAAAAUUAAAAUAAUAAUAAUAAGAAGAACAAGAAAUAUAAUAAAAAAGAUUCUUCAUCUAAUGUACCAGUAAUCCCAUAAAGAGUAGCAGUCUUUAAAAAGCGAAAUUUAAUUGAAGAUUCAUCCGAAAACGAUGACUCUAAUGAAGAAUCUACUCCUAAAUAAAAUCCCCAAAAAUCACCUUAAAUGCCCCAUUUACCUGUAACUAAACCUCCUAUCGAAGUUCAAAAUAAUGAUAAGAAGAUAUUACCAUAAACAAUAUAAAAGUAUUCGAAGAUCUUGAAAUACGAACUAGAAUGUGAUAUUAAAUCAAAGUUCACUGAAUUUAGAAAAUAAAGAAGGAUGUUAAUGGGGAUGACUCCACCAAGUUUAAGAUAUAAACAAGAAGAUGAAAAGAAAAAAGUAAAUGAAGAAGUAGAAGAAGAAGAAGAAGAUAAAGAUUAAAUUUAAAAAUAAACCGAGAGAUCAGCUCCUCCUUUAAAAAAAAGAAAACCAAGAACAAUAAUACCCUUUCAUGAUGAAAAAUCUAAUAAAUAAACUAAUUUUUUAAACUAAGAAUAUGAUCUUCCUUUAUAAGUUUAAUAAAGAGAAAUUAAUAUAUAACCAAAAAUUCCAUAAAAUUAAGAAAUUAAACCUAUAUAACCUCCUACAUAAUAAUAACAAAAAUAGAUAUAAGCAUAACUACCUAAAAUAAAUGAUAAACCAAGUAAAAAAAACAUUAGUUUUUCAAGUGAUGAAGAUGACAAGCCUCUAAUUACUACGAAAUAAUAAUAAUAAAAUAACCUUUCCGAUAUAAAAAAAGAAGUAGAAGAAAUUAAACCUAUAUAACCUGUUUCUUAAAAUCCUUUAGGUAGACCAAGUAAUCCUUUAAGUCGAAUAAGUGAACAACCGAAAGUUGCUCUUCCCAAAAUUAGUGAGAAUCCUUUGUAAAACAAUAAAGAUUAGAAAAAAAAAAAAGUUAUCUUUGGAGAUGAAAGUGAAGAUGAAUAGAAUAAUUUUGCUUAAAAAAUGCCUCAAAAAUAAUCUGUUGUACCACCUCCUGUAGUCAGAAGUAACUUACCAUCUUUAUCUUCUUAAGGAGGACCUUCUAAGAAAAAAAAAGGGCUUUUUGAUGAUGAUGAUGAUGAUGAAUAAGAAGUUAAAUAAGUAAAAAAUUAAUAAAGAACUUAAAGUAAAAUAACACUUUUUGGAGGAAGCUCAGAUGAAAACGAUGAUUUUGCAAUUAAACCAAAUAGAGGAAAUUCAAAGAUAAUAAAUAAUAAUAAUAAUAAUAAUAUUCUAAAACCGGUUUCAAGAACUGGAACUAUUAAAAGUCUUUUCGAUGAUGACGAUGAGGAUGAUAAAGGAAAUAAUCUAUUGAAUAAAUAAAAUAAUGAUUUAAUUAGUGGUAGGAAUACUAAAAGUAUUGGUAGUAAUAAUAAUAAUAAUAAUACUUAAAAAUAGAAAAAAAGAACUUUGUUUGAUGAUGAUGAUUGA